AUGUCCGGACCUACGCCGUGCCCACUCUCAUCUCAAGCAGGGUACCGUCCAUCAAAGAAGUCCACCAACAUUAAAGAUGUCAAGCGCUAUCUCAAUGCUGCCUCUCUCUCGAUGGUCUAGUGGUCGUUAGAAAAGAAGAGCCCUUUCCCCCUUCUCGCGAAUGUGUCAUCGUCCCACGUCCUGUCAUAGACAGCCUGCUUACGGCACUGCAUGUCAAACUUAACCACCCUUCUCGACACCAGCUCAGACAAGUCGUCCUUCGCUAUUUCUACGCAUUGGACCUUGAUAAAGCCUUAGACCGGUGCUCACAGUCAUGCCACAUUUGUGCCUCAUUUAAGAAGAUUCCCAACUGCUUGAUUGAACAGUCUACAUCGGACCCUCCUGACGCAGUUGGCAUCUCAUUUGCGGCCGAUGUAAUGAAGAGGAACAAACAGCUCAUCUUGGUUGUUCGCGAGACAACUACUUCGUUUACCACGUCCUGCAUAAUAGAAAAUGAACGCCAUGAUACUCUCCGUGCUAGCCUCAUCUUCCUCUGCCUUUAGCUACGCCCAAUAUCUGGCCCAUGCGCGGUAAUCAGAGUCGAUCCACCUCCCGGGUUUGCUUCCCUAUCCAACGACGAGGAGUUGCGACGACAACAAGAACCCCGUAGCAGAGAAAUGCAUUGCCGAGCUCUGUGAUGAACUGUUGCGCGUCUCUCCAGAAGGUGGUGCUAUCUCUCCUGUAACACUAGCGAUUGCCACGGCAAACCAGAAUACUCGUAUUCGUGACAGAGGUCUAUCUGUCUGUGAGAUGUGGUACCAGCGUGACCAGUUUACGAAUUCGCAACUUCCCAUCUCCGACCUACACCUAAUCAGAGAACAGCACUCUCACCGUAUACAUAAUCACCCUGCCAGUGAGAAGUCUUUUGAAACCCCCAGUGGUCAACGUGACCUAGUAUAUAUUACUUCAGAUGGCUCCAAAACUCGUGCACGAGAUCGAUACUUGGUUGUGUCAAUUGAUGGUCCGUGGUGUAAUGUACGCAAGUUUGCUGGUUCCCAACUCCGAUCCUCGCCAUAUCGCAUCAAGUUAUCAGAGUGCUUUCUUGUCACCAACAAUUUCACUUCUCCACCUCCAAGUCCUCAUCUCCACCAACCUUACAAGUGCACUCCAGCUGCUGAACCCAAGCCCCCCUGUCCACCUCGAGUCCCGGAAGAGUUAUCCCAUCCACCUUACAACGAUGAUUGUGUUUUACCCUCAUCUCACACCACUUGUUUGCCUGGUCCUGAUCACAAACGCAUCCCGUCUCAUAAAGCUGACGAACUCACGAUUAGUCUUGUUAGCUCCUGCCAGUCACCCUUCACCCCCGCUGCAUCCGAAGAGUCACCUAAUUCUGCCCCUCGACGCUCCAGUCGCCAACGCCAUUCUCCCGUUCACCUGCAGGACUUUGUCACAUAG